CUCGAACGCAACUACGUCACCGGUCAGUCGCGUGCGAGGCCACAAAGCCCGCCAAAUAAUGUGGGGCGUUUACCAAAAGUAAAAAGAAAACACUGGCUGACACGAAAACUGCCCAAUAAUAAUAAAAAACAAUCUAAAAGCGCGAUAUCUGAGAUCUCGCGUGCAACAAUCUCGUGGAUUAAGGUGUAAAAUCGCGUGACGUUGAAUUUAAACAACAAUAGGUGCACGUACCUCGCCGCGGCGUGACGGGACGACCACGCUGGAGGGAGUGACAGGAAAGGGCCAGCCUUGGAAACCAACCUCCGCGCCAAUAUUUGCUCCAACGUUUGAUUUAUGAAGACGAGUAAUUUGAAUGUCCUGUUUACUUGUGAUGUGCCAUCGCGCAGUGAGUUGAGAAUACUGGCUGGAAAGAAAAUGACAGUGAACUCUUUGGAAGAAAAAGUAAAUUUUUGAAAAAGGAAUAAAAGUGACACGUGAUUUAGUGGCGGGCGGCAGUCGCACAGGCGGCGCCGCGGUGUUCGGUGGUGGCUCGCGGGCGUUGCUGGUGGCUGGUGGGCGUGGGCGCCGUCGGGGCGCAGCGGAGCCCGCUCGGCUGGGCCAUGGGCAGCUCCCAGCGUCUAGCAGCCGUGGCUGCUGUCUCCCACGCGAGACACUACUACAACCACACGCAGCCAGAAGUUGUUCAGACUGAGGCAACGCAUUACACUGUCAAUAUAUUCUUUGUCAGUGCAACACUAUGCGGGGUAUUGGUGGCCGUUUGCGCGGCGUGCUGGCGACGUGCGCCGGCGCCUGACAAGCCCGAUGACGUCACGUGCGCGGGAGUUUACACAGUCAGCAGCGACGCGAGACUUACACAGGUACAGACUGACAUGCCGGGCCCUCCGCCGGCGUACGACACCGUCGUCGACGUGGAAGGACCUUCGAACUUUAAGGAAAGCGUAGACUUACAGGAGUUGCCACGGGAGCCGUGUGCGAGCUGCAAGCUGGAUCGAGCCGACGCCGAGCUGCCGUCCUAUGAGGCAGCUGUGCUGUUGCGUGAUACCAAGUUAUAAUAAUCGUUAUUACCACACAUUAAGGGUCAUAGUUGAACGGUAUGUGACACAACCCUGAAACUGAUAGAUAAAUGUUAAUUACGGCUGAAAGUUAAUGCGAUGUUUUAGGCUUGGAAUUUUGAUGUUUUGGAAAGCGGCUUAAUUUUUAGGAUUUUGCACCAAAAUAGUCUGAAUUAUACAAAAAAGAAAUGUCAAUAUUUUUUAUCUGCGACCCUGUAACAUUCAUUUUCAAUAUAUCGCGCUAAUAAACUUUGGAAAC